AUGCACGCCCGCGCAUCACCAUCCGCCGCCAGCGAGCGUCGUCCCGCCGCACACGCGCCACCUUCGCCUCCUGCGCCACGAGCAGCAGCCCCACCGUCCGACAGCGCCCUCGACUCUCUGCCGCCACCGACCAGGCGCACCGCGACGCACGCCUCGAGCCGCACUCGCCCUCCCGACGCCGUCUCGCCCAUAGACUCGUCGAGCGCCGAGAACACGGCCGAGGAGGUGCGGGAGGACAGUGGCGGGGCCGGCAACGAGACCGACAUCGAGGACGAGGACGGCAUGGGCGACGAGUCGCCCUCGACCGGCGACGAGCCGUCGCGCCCCUCGCACGAACACCUCCCGCCGCACCUCGCCCCCUUCAGCGCCGCCAUGCACCCCUUUCCUUCCAACGACGCCGACGCCUCGCACCUCCACUACGGCCCGAUGCACUACCACCGCCGCUCGAUGCACGCCGCGCCGCCCUCGAGCGCCGAGGUCCUCCUCUCGACCGCCACGACCGAGGCGUCGGCGUCCGAGGCCGACGACGUCCCGCGCGACGUCCGCCCCGCACGCCCGACCAAGCGUCAUCGCAUGCGCAGCGCCGACCUCGCCCAGCAACCGCCGCUGCAGCACCCUCGCGUCCCGCGCCUGCGCCGCAUCGGCGCCCUCGGCAUCAGCGUCCACUCGGACUCGGACCCGGACGAGCCCAACAUCUCGGGCCUCGACUCGGUCGACCGCCUCCCCGAGCGCUACGCCGGCGGCUCGACGAGCGACGUCACGCGCGCGACCGACCUCGGCAUCGACUCGGACAUGCUCAGGAAGAGCCACGCAGGUGGGAGCCCGGUGACGGCGGCGGGAGGGCCGCAGCAGCGUGCGAGGCACCGUCGGCCUGUCGGUGACGCUACGUUCAGAGGGGUCGUCGAUGAACUGGCGGUCCAGAAUCGCGAGCUGCGAGAACGGCUACGGCGGUACGAGGUCGAUGGCGUCCCGAACGACCUCAAGCAGGACCGCCUGUUCGAGAUCCGGUUCUACGAGGGCUUGCCGACGCGCAAGCGCGUCGAGCUCGAGGACUACCUGACGCGUUACGUCCAGACGUACGCCGAGUCGGCCGUCGAGCCUCCCGAGCCUGAGCUCGCCGGCCCCGCCGCCCGGGUCCGCUUCGAGAACAGCACGCUCGCCGGUCCGAGCAACUCGGGCCUCGAGCCAGUGUCGCUCAGCGGCACGGGCUCGGGCAUCCGCCUGCCGCCGCUCGCCCACCCUGUCCACCCGGCGACGAUCCCGCACUUUGACGGCAGCGCCGUCAUCUCGGACCCGCGCUCGGUCGCCGUCGCGCGCGAGAUCGUCUCGUCGCUCGAGACGCUCUUCCAGUCGUCGCUGUUGCGCACCGCCCACACGCGCACGCCGGCGGCAUCAUCGGCCCCCCUUCCCGAGCUCGACCCGUCUCGCCUCCUCCCCGGCGCCCUCGACGACUCGAACGAGAAGUACUUCGCCAACCUCCUGUCGCACGACUUCCUGUCGCAGGGCUUCGUCUACCUCAACCUGUGCCUCACCAUGGCCCAGAUCCACCGGUUCAACGUCACGGUCGCGUUCGUCCAGCGCGCCGUGCGCCAGUUCUCGUCCAACCUCGAGCUGAGCGACGACGGCGGCCGCAUCCGGUGGAAGGGCCCGCGCUCGCCGGCCGUCGCCGACGAUGCCGCGCUCGACGCCGAGAUGGGCGACGUCGUCGAGUUCGUCAAGGGCAAGGGCAAGGCGCGCGAGCCCGACUCGGUCGACGGCGCAUCUUCGGCGCCGAGUCGCUCGACGCGCGCGAGCGGCAGCCGCGACCCGUCGAGCGGGGCGUCGUCGUCGCUCGACCCGAGCGUCGGGACGGGCACGCUCCUCGCCGACUCGCUCGCGCCGUCGAGCCGCACGGGCCAGACGUCGCUGCCCUCGACCGGCCGCAAGACGUCGUCGGCCGAGCCGCCCCGCCCUGUUCGCCCGACAGCGGCCGUCCUGCAGCCGAUGGACCGCCUCCAGCUCAGCGCAUCGCCCGACGAGAUGACGAGCCGGGCGCCGCUCGAUGCCGACGCCGGCGCCGCUCGGGCCGCCAAGGCGACCGCGCCCGCUGCCGUCGCCGCCGACGCAGCAGCAGCAGCACCACCCGCCGAGCACCUCCAGCUCCUUGAGCGCGUCGAGCCCGUCGAUCGCCGGGACGAGCAGCACAACAAGGCGAGCUCGGGCAAGGACGGCUCGGACGCCCUCUCGGCCGCCAACCUCGACGCGCACAACCUCGGCAUCGACCUCGCCCAGAGCCUGCGCACGCACGCCUCGUCGCAGGCCGUCGCGUCGACGACGUCGAGCACCGCCAAGAACGCCGCCGGCGCCCUCGUCUUUUACGGCAACGGCCUGUUCUGCAGCGACUUGUCCAAGGAGGGCGAGGGUCCGGUCACGCCGCCGAUCCUCCCGCCCAAGGGCGAGCUUGCGUCGCAUCCGCUCGGUGCGCUCGACCGCGACGAGGACGAGGACGAGGACGAGCCGAGCGCUGUCGUCGGCGCCGAGGCGAUGGACGUCGACGGCGAGGACUCGCCGAUUGACCUCGACUCGGCCGUGUUCGACGUCGUCGACGACGAGGCGAGGGCCACGCCGUCCAGCUCGGAGGGCGACGGCAGCGGGAGCGGCACGUCGUCGCUGCAGCGCCUGCGCAUGUCGGGCAUGACGCCGGCCUUCCCCGCCGACUUCUUCACCGUCGUCGUCAAGACGCGCCACCCGCUCAAGCGUUCGGCCGCCGACACGCUCCCGACGCCCGACUCGCCCGGCCAGGUGCACGCCGACGCGCGAGCGCCGAGCUUCUCGACGAUCCUGCCGGCGUCGAAGCGCCCGAGGCUCGCGCCCGCCGUCUCGAGCGAGGUCCUGUCGACGCGCGAGAUCUACCAUCACCCGAGGGUGCAGAUCCGGCGUGCGCUCGGCCCGACGACGACCGGCGUCGAGAGCAACUCGUCGUCGUCGGUCGAGGGCGACGAGGACGCAGCGCACGCGCCCUGGUCGUGCGGUCAACUUCUGACGUCGUCCAACCUGGCCAAGCACUCGGGCGUCCGCACCGCCGCCGCUCGGACCGCUUCGCCCGUCGACGAGCCCGUCCCCGUCUACCUCCCGCCGGCGCCGUCGCCGCCGCACCAGGACCACGGCGACUACCUCUUGUCGCUCGCGGCCCCGUCGCACUCGUGGUCGCCCGAGGAGAGUGGGUUCCACACGUCGGGCAGCGGCAGCCUCGCCGCUCCCGCCGUCGCACCUGCGCGCCAUCCUCGCAAGCGGGGCGCGCCACCCUCUCUCUCGGUGUCGACGACGACGACCGGCGGUGGGCCUAUGCAGCGCGUCAAGCGCAGCGACGGCCAUGCGUCAUCGACGCCGCCGAGCAGCUCGGCCGACGAGCGGCCCAUCAGCCUCGACGACGUCGUGAUCGUGCCGCAGCGCUCUCAGCUCGUCCGUCCCUGA